CUGGCGUGAGGCGCCCUCCCUUGCCCAUUUCGGGAGCUGCUGAGCGCUCCGGAAGGAGAAAAAUGGGGUCAGGAGAGGCCCGCGCGAUGGAAGCGUUGGAUUGAUUUCCUUCGAAGUGUUGUCUUUUCAAACAUCUCGUCCCCUUCUCGGCACUCCCUGCUGCCUGCUUUUGGCUUGGGUUUCCCGGGUCUUCAGGGUCUGGCGGUGCAGGCCAAGGGUGGGCCAGAGGUAGGCUGCAGGUGGUGGCCCGCGUUGCUGGAGGGGGGUCUGGCGGAGCAAGUAGGCGGAGCUGACCUGGAAACCUCUCCUUGGCCACUGUCCUUUCUAAGGAGCUCACCUUGCAGAGCCCGCCCGCCCAGAACUGGCAGGGGACCCUCUUAGGAGCAGAGAAAAAUGGCGAUCUUCAGGCAGCUGUCCCUGCGUGCAAAGGCUGCCCUGGCCGCCGGCACCGUCUUCGUGUCCAUGAUUGUGUCCCGCUCCUGUCUGGCAGGGAGCCUUGAGCUCCGGGCCUGGCGUUGGCUGUUCCGCCUGCAGCUCGCCCUGUUUGCCAACUCGCUCAUGCUCAUUGGCUCCCUCUACAUCUGGCGGAGCACAGUCAGCAACCUCAGCCACUGCCCGGGCGCCGAGUCCGCCUGUUUCCAGCUCUGGAAGAUGGCGGUUGUGGCGUUUCUGGCCCUGGCCCAUUCCAGCUUCUUCACCAUGCUCUUUUUAGUGGCCGAGGAGCCCUAUCUCUUCUCCUUGGCAGCCUACUCCUGCCUCGGGGCGUACAUCAUCAUGGUCUUCUUCCUCUGCACCCUCAGUGGCAUGGAGCAGGCCUAUCAGCUCGUGGCCUGGCGCAGCGGCAGGGUCGUGGGCGGCCUCGACAAGACAAGGAAGGUGGCGGUCAGGCCGGCCCUGGCGGUGGCAGUGACCGCUGUGCUCAGUGUGGCUGGGCUUCUGAACGCCGCCCAGCCCCCGGCCGUGAAGACCGUGCAGGUGCCCGUCCGUCAGCUGCCUCCCUCGAUGGACGGCCUCAAGAUCGCGCUCCUCUCCGACAUCCACUUGGGCCCCACCGUGGGCAGGACCAAGAUGGAGAUGUUCGUGAGGAUGGUGAAUGUGCUGCAGCCAGACGUCACAGUGAUCGUGGGGGACCUCUGUGACGCGGAAGCCUCCAGCCUGCGGACGGCGGUCGCUCCUCUGGACCAGCUUCGCUCGCGCCUCGGCGCCUACUUCGUCACGGGGAAUCACGAGUACUACACGUCGGACGUCAGCAACUGGUUCGCGCUGCUGGAAUCCCUGAACGUCAGGCCCCUUCACAACGAGAACGUGCGGAUUUCCGCCACGGGGGCCCAACCCGGGGGCGCUGAGGACGACGACUGGAUCUGCCUGGCUGGGGUGGAUGACAUCGAGGCGGACAUCCUGCACUACUACGGCCACGGCAUGGACCUGGUCAAGGCCCUGGAGGGCUGCCGCCCGGACCGCCCCACCAUCUUGCUGGCUCACCAGCCCCUGGCUGCCAAGAGAGCCCUGCAGGCUCGGCCGGAUAUUAGCCUCAUUCUUUCUGGGCACACGCAUGCCGGGCAGAUCUUCCCCUUGAACGUGGCAGCCUAUCUCCUGAACCCCUUCUUCGCCGGCCUCUACCAGGUGGCCCAGACCACGUUUGUGUACGUCAGCCCGGGCACCGCCUACUAUGGGAUCCCCAUGAGACUGGGCACCAGGGCAGAGAUUACCGAGCUCAUCCUGCGGCGGGCUCCUUGAACCUGGCCCUGCCCUGUGCGCCCCUUCGGAGUCCUCGCCCUUCACCCUCCGUCCCUCUUCAGAGCGGGUGGCCUGCUUUACCCCCUGCAGCCUCUGCUGCCCAGCCCUGCCCACGCACGCUCGGCCACAAGCCUGGCUUGAGCAGUAACUUGCGCUGGGGCUGCCUAGCGAGCAUGGGCUGGUUUGCUCCGCAGAUGGCCAGUUGCUUAUUUAUGUGUAUCUGCGAGGCCACUGACGUCCCGUAUGUCAGAACAAGCGUCCCUUUUCCAGGUGAUGUGGAGUGAGCCCUCCUUGUCCGCAGAGCUCACAGGGCCGCACCGAAACGGGGUUGCCUGAGAGGGACACCUCUAAAAGCAGAACAGAGAGGAACACUGGCGGUCUGAAACCCUCUUUAGGACUUGGGCAGUUUCCAGCAUCACUGGAAGGAGCUUCUGGGGAAGGGGCGGGGUGGCCAGGUGAGCCAGAACAGGCAAGAGGGAGGCCCCUCUGGCCACUGGAGAAGAAUGCUUUCUUUUCCCCGCUGGCUCUGGCAGAGUCACCUUUACUGAGGGCAUCAGCCAAACCCGCGGGGACACAGGGCUCGUGCUGUCCCGGGCCUUGAGUGAUACUUUUACUGCCUGUGCUCUUGGGCCUUUGGGAUCGGGGGUGGGCUGGAAAGACACAGGAGCACGGUGGUAGGCGAUGGGACACUAAGGGUUCCGCUGCUGAGGAACUCAGAGGGGGCUUCCCUCCCUUGGCUCCCUUUAUGCACCGCUUGGGGGAGGUGAUGAAGGACAGGCUACUUUUCCCUGUUUGAAGGUGAGGAGACUGAGGCCGAGGGAAGUAGGGCAUUGGCAGAAUGACAGGGUAUGUAGGAGAUUCUUGGCUGGAAGCCGGGUCCCCUGCCUCCUCUUCUGCUGUCCCGUGGGCAAGUAGUUGUAUCUGUUACAAGCGAGUGCAGGAUUCAGACACAUCUGUGCAAAGAGAACGCACAAGGGCUUAGGGCCUGCUGGUCUUUCAGAGUGGUUUGCUUGAGGCUGGUUUCCAUUUGUCCACGAUUACUCGGGCCAGAGCCCGGAAGGAGGUUGGCCGGUUUCAGUGUAGGGUGUCUGUUACCCUGGAAGAAGAGUCAGGAGGCUGCGUGCCCCUCCCCGGCGCCCACCCCCACCCCUCACCCCGGGUUCGGGUCUGCGUCUUGUGAGGCACUGAGGUUUGCUCUCCACGGGGGAAGUUGGGAGCUGUGCGGGGAGCGGCAGGGCUUCGUGCUCUGUCGGGGCCUCCAGGCCUUCCCUUCCCCUGGGCCCCAGCUGUGGGUGGCUGGGACUGUCUUCCCUGCUGGGUGGCCUCUGUUCCCACACCCAGCCCUCCAUCCCCCACCCUGUCAGCGUUAUCCUGGGGCUCUGGCCAGGGGACCGUGGUGCCAUGCGGCCGGGCUCUCGACCCUCUGGAGUGACCCCACCCUGCCGGCCAAGCCUCUUGGGCCAGAGGCCAGAUACCCUUUGACCCUGAGGCCAAGUCAGUAAGCUCUCCUCUUAGAAAAAGUUGCACUGGGAAGCUUGGCAACCUCGGCUCAGCGGUGGCCCUUUUGUGAUUGAGAGUGUGUGAUUUCUCCACCGCCCUGCCUGGAGAGGCUCACCCGCUGCUCCUGGGUCAGGUAGCAGCCCGCACGGGACUUGACCUCACUGAGCCGCGGUUUCCCUCACCUGAAAAUGAGGAUAACUUAGCUGCCUCAGGAUGGUUUCACGGGGAGAGUAUUGAGGCGUGGCGUCAGGUACGCGGGGCACAGUCACUCAGGAGGCACUGGGUGGGGUCAGCAUUUAAACAUCACGUGGGCAUGCCAACCGCGUCAGGCACGGGCGCCCGGAGGCACCUGUUCUGGAGCAGUAAAGCGGGGAGUGUGAGUGGGUAACCUGCUGCCAGGGGCCAGCGAUCAGGGUCAAGGCGGCAACUGCUAGGGUUUGCUUUCUUUGCCUGUGCUGCUGGGUCCGGUGUGCAUUCUGCCUCAGGGGGUUUCUUCAGCCUCCUCCUUGCCUUCCCGUGUACGACAGACAGAGUCCCCGGGGAUCCUGGGGCCACCUCUCCUGUCGGCAGGCAGCGAAGAUGCUGACGGCGAGCCCGCCAGGCAAGUUUCCCAUGUGUCUUCGGGUCGAGAUUUCACUGGGUUCCUCGUUUUGUAUCCCCUUGUGUUCGUCGUCCUUGCGGCCGGGAGCAAGUUUGGAGAGCACGACCCUGGCCCUUCUUUUCAUACAGUUGAAAGACGGCGGGAUCACAGGAGAAGUGGCCUUGCGCGGGGUGCCAGGCCAGCUCCCAGGUUCUGACCCCCUUCUCCACGGUGCCACGCCUAGCUCGCCACCCCGUCCUGGCCUCGGGAUGACUGUACUUCCAAACCCUCCCUCUGCCUCGGGACCUGACCCUGUUUUGUGGAUCAUUCUAGUUGCCUUUCCAGUUCUGUUUUGUGUGGAUUUCACCAGACCACCUUCCGGCACCUUCUGGCACCUUCCGGCUCACCUGGUGGUGGUCGACUUGCCUACCCGGUUAUUUUGCUGCUUUCUUCAGUGUGGCUCUUUCUCACCCCGUGGCCUGAGCUUUGCGAUGUUAGCUUCCUUCAGCUUCCUUAUGUUUUGUCUUGCACUUUGUGUCUUUUUUCUCUUGGAUGCCAUCAGGCAGGGCCAUCCUGUGUGCCUUGGGAGGACUCCGCACCUUCUCACGCCUGCUUUGUAUUCCACGACGUGGAAUUGUUCCCAGCAGAAACUGGCAGGCCACUCCCCACGGCACCCUUUGCACUUCUGUUCCCCGUUCCUCCUCGUUUACUUGCCUUCUUUGUUUUGUUGGGUUUUGGCUGGGGGAGGCGGUGAGGAACAUUUACUUGAAGCUUGAAAUUCUUUCAAUUUUCUUUUAGUUUCCUUUUUUUUUAAAUUUGUUAAACAUA